AUGAAAGGUAUGGAAGCGAUGGAAGGUAUGAAAGCGGAUGAGCCGGAUGAACAGUAUGAAAGCGGAUCACAAUAUGAAAACGGUGAAAGCGAAGAAAACGAUGAAAGCGGUGAACGAGUUGAAAUGUAUGAAAAGUAUGAAGGAGAUGAAAAGUAUGAAAGCCAUGAAAAGUAUGAAAACGAUGAAAGCGAAGAAAACGAUGAAAGCGAUGAACGAGUUGAAAUGUAUGAAAAGUAUGAAGGAGAUGAAAAGUAUGAAAGCCAUGAAAAGUAUGAAAACGGUGAAAGCGAAGAAAACGAUGAAAGCGAUGAACGAGUUGAAAUGUAUGAAAAGUAUGAAGGAGAUGAAAAGUAUGAAAGCCAUGAAAAGUAUGAAAGCGAUGAAAACGAUGAAAGCGAAGAAAACGAUGAAAGCGAUGAAAGCGAUGAACGAGAUGAAAUGUAUGAAAGCCAUGAAAAGUAUGGAAACGGUGAAAGCGAAGAAAACGAUGAAAGCGAUGAAAGCGGUGAACGAGAUGAAAUGUAUGAAAAGUAUGUAGGAGAUGAAAAGUAUGAAAGCCAUGAAAAGUAUGAAAACGAUGAAAGCGAUGAAAACGAUGAGAGCGAUAAAAAUGAUGAACGAGAUGAAAAGUAUGAAAGAGAUGAAAAGUAUGAGAGCCACGAAAAGUAUGAAAACGGUGAAAGCGAUGAACGAUAUGAAAUGUAUGAAAAGUAUGAAAGAGAUGAAAAGUAUGUAAACGAUGAAGGCGAUGAAAACGAUGAAAGCGAUGAACGAGAUGAAAUGUAUGAAAAGUACGAAAGAGUUGAAAAGUAUGAAAACGGUGAAAAGUAUGAAAAGUAUGAAAGCGAAGAAAACGAUGAAAGAGAUGGAAAGUAUGAAAUCGGUGAAACGGAUGAAAACUAUGAAAAGUAG